AUGCUUUGGCUCACUUGUUGCGUUCCGCACCUCCCACCCUUCCCUCACCCCCCCACAUUUCCUGCACCCCCUCCCUCACCCUUCCUGCACUCAAACCCCUCCCUCACCCUUCCGCUGUGCAGCUACGUGUACAUUCUGACCCACCCGGGUGUGCCGUGUGUGUUCAUUGACCAUCUCUAUGAGUGGAACCUCAAGGACCCAAUUCAGAAGCUGCUGGUGAUCCGGCAGCGCAACGGCAUUACAUCGAGGAGCGCCAUCCGCAUCAUGACGUGCAGCACGCAGCUCUAUGUGGCGCGCAUUGGCACCAACGUGGAUGAUGACAGGCUGUUCCGCGGGGUCGUUGUGAAGCUUGGACCUUCUUUUGACAUGCACGGGACUGCACCAGGUACAUGA